UGUCAAAUCGUUCUAAACUCAGUAAAAAAGGGGGGGGGGAGUUCGAGCGCGAGAAGAUGGGGGACGAACCUUUUUUUUUUUUAUCUUGAUUUUUUUUUUUUAUAAAUGUCGACAUUGUUUAAAUCGAUUGAUAAACCCUUAGAAACUCUUGUGAAUGAAUCAGGAAAGAAUGUGGCCACUAUUCUUUGUCCUAAAGUAAAUUGUCAAUGUAUUAUUUUAAGAAAGAAUACCGCUACUUUAGUCGAAAGAGAUGGAGCCAAGCUCGCUUUACCCAUCACAAGUUUACCUGAAAACACCUUGUUAAAAGACAACGACACUCAUUUUUGGCAUGUGAGCAACAUGAUGGAUUUCGAAAACGUCGGGUUCUCGACAACAGUUGGUACUACCAAAUAUUUAUCCUGUGCAGAUUGUGACCUUGGUCCCAUUGGCUAUCAUGAUACGACCGAUCCCAAAGAAUUCGUGAUCAGUAUCAGUAGAGCAAAAUACAACUUUUAAAAAAAAAGAGGGGCUGUCAAAAAUAAAAAAAAAACAAAUAAAAUCUUUUUUUUUUUUUCUCCCCCACUUUUGGUUUGUAUAUCUCCCCCAACAAAGAAGGAGAGAGAGAGAGAGAGAGAUGGGGUGCAUGUAGACCUCUACCUGUCGGGUAAUC